AUGAAGGCGCAGCCCGAGUCAACUGCUCAGGUUCAGAUCAGGCUCAGGUCAGAUGAAAAUGAGCUCCAGGGAAAAUUUCUNCGUGAAAAUCAGUCCAAAGUUUUGUUAGUACUUGAUGGUUUAGAUGAAGUGGAUGACCCUAGUAAACUGGCCAUGUACUUAAAACUUGCUGAAGGUAGAGAAUUCUCUAAAUGUCGCAUCGUUCUUACAUCUAGACAUGAAAUUGGAAUGAAAUUUAGGCGGUUCUGUGAUACUCUGUGGGAAAUUGUGGGAUUCACUACGGAAGAUGCAGAAAGUUUCAUCCUCAAGUACUUUAAAAACAACUUGCCUUUGGCUAGAAAACUUCUCAAACAACUUGGACCUUGGUCAGGAUCUAGAGACUUGCGCCAAAUGAUGUCAAAUCCUUUAAACACCACUUUACUUUGUCUACUUUGCGAGGAUUUCAAGGGGUUUUUUCCGACGAGCAGGACUCAAUUGUACAUUGAAAUUGUACUCUGUGUUUUGAGAAGAUAUGAAGAGAAGAACCAAUUGUCGAGUACUAACGAUGACCUUAUGACCGUUUACGAGAAAGAGCUGAUACAUCUGGGGCAUAUGGCGUUGAAAUCUCUAUGUGAAGGAGAGCUAUAUAUUGAAAAAAGCAAAUUUGAUUGCAGUUCGACUGUUUUAAGUCUUUUAACUAAGUUUGGAUUUUUAUCAGUCCAAGUCAUCAGUCUAGGUAGUCGAAGAAAACGUUUUGUGCGUUAUGGAUUUAUGCACAAGAGCUUUCAAGAAUUCUUUGGUGGUUUCUAUCUCGCAUCAAAGAUUCUCAGCGGAGAAGUUGACCAUGACACAGUAGUGACUGAUGAGAGAUAUUCAGAUGAACUGAAACAAGCGUUUUUGUUCAUGAGUGGAAUUGUUGUCUCACGAUGCAAAGAAACCGCAGUGCGUCUUAUAAAAAGCAUGGCCGCACACAUAAAUGGCGAGAGUCAAUUAAGUAGGAAUCUGGAAUUCGCGUUUGACUGUAUAAAGGAGUGCGCAACGCAUAACAAAAACCUUCAAUCGCAAUUGUUGCAUACUUUUGGUUCCCACCUUGGCAUUACGGCUUUAGAUUUACGCGGUGUUGUACCACGGAACUUUGAGUAUUUCUGUGAAGCUCUUUCUGUAAAUACCACUUUGACUCAUUUGAAACUGAGUGAUUGCUCGAUUGGAAAUCCUGGUGCUGGUUCCCUCUCUGAUGCUAUUAGAGUCAAUACCGCAUUGACUAAUUUGGAUCUGAGUAGUAACGUGAUUGGUAAUUCCGGUGCUGCUUCGCUCUCUGAUGCCAUUAAAGUCAAUACCGUACUGACUAAUUUGGAUUUGAGUAGGAACAAGAUUGGUGAUUCU